AUGAUCAAUUGCCUGGCCCCGUACGUGAGCGAGCUGGCGGACAGCACGCUGCAGCUCUCCUUUGCCAUUCAGCUGCUGGUCCCGCGGUACCAGGAGGGCAACAACUUCGGCCUGGAGGUGCAGGCGAAAGCGAUGGAGACGGUGAACGAGGCGCACGCCACCGCCCAAGAGGUGCAGGCCGGCCUGAAGGACUUCUACUACACGCGGGAGGCGGCCCUCCGGCGGGCCAUCACCCACCCGCAGGUGGCCGACUACGAGGGGGCGCUGGUGGAGGCGGACCGAGCCGCCCUCUACAGCCUCUGCCGGGCGGCGGAGGACCUGUACAGCACCUACACCGGCCUGCACGACAUGGCCAGCAAGAACAUCGAGCGGCUGCUGCGGCCGCGCGACGAGGACUCCAACUCGCCCACCAAGAAGCGGCGCAAGCGGAGACAGCAACAACAACAGCAACAACAGCAGCAGCAAAACAAACUUCAGGGCGGCAAGCAACAGCAGCUAGAGGCAAAGGGCCUUCGCAAGGGGCAAAAGUAG